AUGGAGUACCCGUGGCAGCUGUCUCUCCUCCUCGAAGGGUCCCACAGGUGCGGAGCUUCCAUCAUUAGCUCCAACUGGGCGCUGACGGCUGCCCACUGCAUCGACGGCGUCCAGGCGUCUCUGUUGACCGUGCGUGCCGGCUCCACGUACAGAAACAGUGGCGGGACUGUGCUCGAUGUUGCACAGGCUAUCAAAAACAGGCUGUAUUACAGUCCGGCUGCCGACUACGACAUUGCGGUGGUGCAGCCUGCUGAGUCUUUCCCGCUGGGCUCUGAUGUGCAGCCCGUGGGCCUUCCAGACGCCGGCUAUGAUCCUCCGAACGGCCUCGCCGUUACUGUGACGGGCUGGGGACUCACAGCGUCCGAUGGAAGCAAUGCAAACGCACUGCUGAAGGUGGACAUUAGCAUUGUCGAUCGUUCUACUUGCCAAGAAAACUUCAGUAGCCUCGUAACGAAGCGAAUGGUGUGCGCCGGUGAGGCAGGCAAGUCUGUGUGCAACGGGGACUCGGGAGGUCCACUCGUCAGUGGUACCACACAGGUGGGCAUCGUGUCCUGGGGAGGCUUCACAUGCGAAGACUAUGGCGCAGUUUACAGCAACGUUGGAGAACUCCGUUCGUGGGUCACAGAUACUACCGGAGUUUAA